AUGUAUAACUUGAAUUCAACUAUCACUUCAGCUACUCGAGUAUUAAAGUAUUCGACUGAAGUCGUCAAUAUAAAUGUACAUCGAUCACUUUCAUUCAUAUUCCUACCAAUCAAAGCGUUGUUUAACAGCGAAAACAAACAAUCCUGCCAAUCACACUUAUCCAUCAAAUAUGUGCGUCAUGAUCAAAAGCGAAAAUUGGAGAAGGCAAUAGUGAUGUAA